AGGAUGGAAUCAGAUUCUCUCACUCAGUUACGGGCCUGUGGGACCGUCCUGAUCGCCGACACCGCAGAUUUUGAUAAAAUUACCAAAUUCAAGGCUUCAGAGGGAACAACAAAUCCUUCACUGCUUUACGCUGCGGCGACGAACCCCUCGUACGAACCGCUCAUCAGAAGCACAAUUGCGCACGUCGCCUCGCUUCCGCCCACGAUAACUGCCGAGGAUCGCCUGAGGAUCGCAGUCGAUUUUCUAGCAGUCCAGUUCGGAAAAGAGAUC